CAGUCCGUUUGCUCUUGUGUCCGGGGGGAAACAGCGGAUGAGUAUGAUGGGAUCAAUUCCGCUUUUUCUUGGUACGGAAGGAAGGAGUUUGGUUUAAUUAUCAGCGAAACGCCCUUUUGCCGAUGUUCUGACAGCAUGGCUCAUAGUGGCAGGAGAGACUCCCCGGAGCUUCCUGACUUCUCUCUGCUCAAGAGGCUGGCCAGAGAUCAGCUCAUCUACCUGCUGGAACAGCUGCCGGGGAAGAAGGACCUCUUCAUUGAGGCAGACUUGAUGAGCCCGCUUGAUCGUAUUGCUAAUGUAUCAACACUAAAGCAACAUGAAGUCGACAAACUCUACAAAGUGGAAUACAAACCUAUUAUCAGCACGUCAGAUCAGCUCUGUUUUCUGAUACGGCCAAGAAUACAAACUGUCAAAUGGAUAUGUGAUGUGGCCAAUGCAGACAAGGCAGCAGGAAAAUUUAGAAGAUACAAAAUCAUCUUUGCCCCUCAGAAGUUCUAUGCAUGUGAGGUGAUGAUGGAGGAGCAGGGGAUCUUUGGUGAUGUGACUACUGAUGAGUGGUCUUUCUAUCUCCUUCCACUUGACGAUGACAUCAUCAGUAUGGAGCUGCCAGAGUUCUUUCGAGACAACUUCCUGGCUGGGGACCAGCGCUGGGUAAGGACAGCCGGCAGUGCUCUGCACCUCCUUCACUCCCUUUACGGCCCUUUCUCAAAGCUCUACGGGAUUGGACGAUGUUCCAAGAUGGCAUAUGAGUCGUGGAGGGAGCAGGUGGAAGAGGGAGAACAAAAAGCUCGUAUAGCUGAAAUAGGAAAGGUUUUUCUUAUUGACAGAGAUGUGGACUUUGUCACUCCUCUGUGCUCACAAGUUGUCUAUGAGGGACUCGUGGAUGAUAUUUUUAGAAUCAAAUGUGGAUGUGUGGAGUUUGGACCUGAUGUUUCGUCUUCUGACAAAAGUAUAAAGGUCAUGCUGAACUCUCAGGAUAAGGUAGGACUUAUGCCAAAAGACUACCGCUCAUUAAAAGCACAAUAUCUACAGAGCUAUGGGGUGGACCACCUGCUGACAUUUGCCAACCUGAGACAGUUAGGGCUGUUGGUGGAGCAACAGCAGGGAGAAACGCUGACCGUUAUGGAGAGCAAAGUGGGCAAACUAGUUAACGACAAAACUGCAGGAAAACUGACGGACGCCUUUUCUUCUCUAGCCAAGAAGAGUAAUUUCAGAGCCCUGAGCAGAAAACUCAGUCUGGUGCCAAAGUCAGAUGCAGAGUAUGACCUGCGUGUCCCACGAGACAUGGCCUACAUCUUCAGCGGCGCCUACGUCCCUUUGAGCUGCAAACUUAUCGAGCAGGUGUUGGAGCGAGACGGUUGGACGGGGCUUGAAGAAGUCGCCAGGCUGCUAAAUGGGCAUGAAUUUGCUGUUACAGGCAGCAAUGGAGCUGAUUUAAAAGUCAGGAACGAUGCUCAGCGCAUCAUCCUCGUCAUGUUCCUCGGUGGCUGCACCUUUUCUGAGAUUUCAGCCCUGCGGUUCCUCGGCAGAGAGAGAGGUUAUAAAUUCAUUGUGGUAACAACUGCAAUAACAAACAGUUCAAGACUCAUUGAGGCAUUGCUAGACAACCGUGUAUGAAGCCUGUCACCACAUCAUCAUGGACAGAUACUGAGACAUUCCUGCAGCCACUUGUCAUGUAUUCCCUUGAGCAAAGUGAUGUCAACAGAUGGAAAAUGUUCACUUCUGCUGUGUCUGACAAUGAAGGCACUGUAAAGAUGUAUAAAGCUAAUACAUGUUUUUAACACACUUGUUGCUUCUUUACUUUAUUUGUAGUUUUGCAGAGGUGAAAUCUAAGUUUGUAACUAUAGAUUUUAGGUACUUUACUUGAGUAUUUCCAUUUUAAGCUAAUGUUACUUGAUACUCCACUCCAUUACAUCUCAGAGGGAAAUAUACCUUUUACUACACUAUAUUUGUCUGACAAUUUUAGUUACUGUACAGA